CUCAACAUCAUUCAUUCUCAACGAGUCUUGGUGAACGCAUCGUGCGCUUAAGUUUACAACAAAACAGUUCAGUUCAGUGUAGAGACAUGGCUCCAACCGCAUACAUGGUACCAUCGGAAUACAGCGAAGAACCCAUCUCACGUACUUAUCAGUACAGGAAAGUGAUGAAGCCGAUGCUCGAGCGCAAACGCCGCGCCAGGAUUAACCGUUGCCUGGAUGAGCUCAAGGAGCUGAUGGUUACUGCACUCCAAAGCGAAGGCGAGAACGUAUCCAAGCUUGAGAAAGCCGACAUCCUGGAGUUGACCGUGCGUCAUCUUCAUACGCUCAAGAGACAACACCAGCUGGUCGUUCCCCAGGAGCAAUCCUAUGCGGAUCGCUUCCGCGCCGGAUUUACGCAGUGCGCUCAAGAGGUCUCCCAGUUCAUCACAACACCAAGUGAAGUGAUCGAACCCACCGCCGGAAAGCGUCUCCUUCAACAUCUUGGUGCAUGCGUCCAGCAGCUAGACACUGUCUCCACGCAAAUGCAGCAGUACCCUCAACAAAGCUACACACCUCCAACAUCACCGAACGCAAACGCAAUUAAUACACCCACGAAUCAACCCAUGUGGAGGCCGUGGUGAAAACAGCAACAACCAUCGUUCGCAUUCCAACUAGUUGUAAUAUCGAAUCAUCAAUCAUUCAGCUUUACCCACUUUUAUAUAAAUGUUUUUUUCUCUUAAUCUCAU